CCCGGAUUCACGUUACGCGAACGGCAACAAAAGAGAGGAAAAAACCCACACGACGCCAAAAGGAAUAGAGAAAUCUGCAGCUAGCAAUUGCUAAGAGAAGCCAAGCCAAGGGUUGCUAGGCUGAGUCGCUUGCAUUGGUGCACAAGGAAAGGCUCGUGGGGUCACUCAGCGCAAGAAGGAAUAGAGAAAUCUGCAGCUAGCAAUUGCUAAGAGAAGCCAAGCCAAGGGUUGCUAGGCUGAGUCGCUUGCAUUGGUGCACAAGGAAAGGCUCGUGGGGUCACUCAGCGCAAGAAGGGCGACGAUGAGUUUCCACGCUGACUGGAUGCCUUUACCCCCACUCAUGGAUGAGGAAAUACCUAGCACAGGAGUCAGUGUCAAAGAAGAGCUCAGGGAAGAUAUUUCCGAGGAUACCUGCCUUGAAAUCAAGGAAGAGCAAUUUGAUUAUGCAGAUAAAAAGAGAGAUGAAGUGAGCGACGUGAAAGGGAGUCAUGAAUGUCUUGUUUUUCAUAAUCUUCAUGACCUAAGACAUGAAGCAAAUGAUGAAAAGGAUUCGUGUAACUUGGCUCAGAAUCAUGAUGACGUGUUAAGAGUGCCAUUAAUAGUGGAAGAUUAUGGGAACCAGUGUUCAUCAGAUCAGGGGAUGCACACAGAAAGUCACACAGAGGAUAUAGAACCAAAGUGGAAACGACAAAGCUAUCUAGUGAUCCAUGUGAGAGUGCAUACAAAAGAAAAGCCAUACACCUGUGAGUUUGCAACAAGGCUUUUCACAGAAAUUAAUCUGGCGACGAUGAGUUUCCUAGCUGACUGGAUGCUUUUGGCCACUCACACGGACGAUGAAAUACUUAGCAGAGGAGUCAGUGUAAAAGAAGAACACAGUGAUGAUGUCACUGAAGAGACGUGUCUAGAAAUUAAGGAAGAACCAUUCGAUUAUGAGUGUCAUGAUGAAACGGUAUUUUGUGUGCCGUUUGUGGCUGAUGAAUAUGGAAACAAAUGUUUAUCAGAUGAGGAUGAGGCGAUGCAUAAGGAAAGUCUCAAGGAGGAUACACAAGUAAAAGUGGAAGCUAGCUUCACUUGUUUUACAUGUGACGUAUGUGGCGAGAAAUUUUCUGAAAAGAGUGAUAUCAACAUUCAUAUGAGAGUACACACAAAGAAGAAGCCAUACAGCUGUGAUAUUUGCAAUAAAGGCUUCCCUUCCCAAAGUGAUCUAACAAGGCAUGUGAGAGUACACACAAAGGAGAAGCCAUACAGCUGUGAGUUUUGCAGUAAGGCCUUCUCAGAGAGAAGUAAUCUAGUAUGUCACAUAAGAGUGCAUACAAAGGAGAAACCAUACAGCUGUGAGAUAUGCACCAAGUCAUUCUCAUGCAAGAGUGGCCUAGUAAAGCACAUGAGAGUACAUACAAAGGAGAAGCCGUACAACUGUGAGAUUUGUAAGAAGGACUUUGCACACAAAACUUGUCUAGUGAGCCAUAUGAAAAUACAUACAAAUGAGAAGCCAUACAGCUGUGAGAUUUGCAAUAAGGCCUUCUCAGAGAAAAAUACUUUAGUACGGCAUAUGAGAGUACAUACAAAAGAGAAACCAUGCAAAUGUGAGAUUUGCUAUAAAGCCUUCGCACACAGAAAGAGUCUCUUGAUCCAUAUGAAAGGACAUACAGAGGAGAAGCCAUACGACCCUGAGGUUUGUGACAAAGAUUUCUCAGAUAAGACAAGUCUAGAAAGCCAAAUGAGAGUACAUACAGUGGAGAAACCAUACAACUUGAGAUUUGCAACAAGGACUUUUCACGAAGAACUAGUUGAGUGAGGCAUAAGAGAGUACAUACAAAGGAGAAACCAUACAGCUGUUGGAUUUGCAACAAGGCCUUUUCUGAGAGAAGUACUGCAACAAUGUUUUCUCUCAGAAUAUUUAAAUUAUAUCCUUACAGGAGCACAUACAAAUGAGAAACCAUAUCUGUGAGAUUUGCUUUAAGGCCAUUUCACGGAAACUGAUGAGGCUCAUGAAAGUACAUACGAAAGAGAAACCAAACAGCUUUGAGAUCUGUAAUAAUUCUAUUGAGCCAAAUGAGAAUACAUAAAAACGGAGAAACCUUGAAGAUGUAAAAUAUACAAAAAGGGCAUAUUCAUUGAAUAGUCACCUGUUGCAACACAUGGAAGUACAUACAAAGAAGAAGCCACAGUGUGAGGUUUGAUAUAAAGCUGUAUCACAGAAACAAAGCUUAGUGCUACACAUUAGAGCACAUAGAUAUGAACAUAUAUAAUACCCCUAAUCCCUUGUUCAUUGUUAUCAUCGGCUUAGGAAACAGAAAUGGUAUUUUACAUAUGGCCUUUUCCUCUCCCCCUUUCCUUUUCCUUCUCUUCAUCCCCCUCCUCUGUCCACUUCCUGCUGAAAGGAUAGAAGUUUGGCUUUGUGUUAAUCAUGAACGGCCCCUGGGAGCUAAGGGCAACUUAUUCCCUUGGUUAAUUGCCUAUCCCUUAUUCCUCGUGGGGUCUCUGAGGAGUAGACUGCUUCAUCUCCAUAUUUAUUUCAGGCUGACUAUGGUUAGUAAUGGAGACUUUUUUUGUUUUUAUCCCUAUAAGGCUUGCCCUCUCAUCAACUAGCCUAUCUUUUCCCACUCCUUUGACCACAGCUCCAACCACUGGUACUAAUACCCCCUCCUCAAGUUGCUGUUAACUCAAUCCAUUGUGAAUCAUCCACCAAGGUCAUUACUCAACCUUCAGAAUACAACCUUUUCAUCUCUCCCAACUUCCUCCCCACCAUCUCCUACUGCACAGUCUUCUUCAUUGUCUACCCUAACCCUCCUUAGUACUACUUUUCAUUCUUACUGUCAUCCAUAUUGUUCUUCCUCUCCCUCACGCCCUUCUACUGCUUCCACCUCUGCAUAUCUACACCCACCUCUACUUCUGCUCCUCGGACAUCUAUUCCCUCUUCUCCUUCACGUAAGAAAGCUCUUGUUACUUAAACCUCCCCACCCAACUCCCCUCCAGGGACACUUGAAAAUAUCCAGGAGUUCAUAAACAUGACUCAAGAGACGUCACCCCACAA